CACAACCAAAACCAAAACCAAACCUUGAGUUCAUCUACUUGAAAACAAGAAAAUAACAAUAAUAUUUUCUUUUUUUCAAUUAUAAUCUAUUUAAUACAAAUAAGUUUCAAAUACUGAGAUUCGAGUAAUCAUGAAUCGAGAGGGUGGGGAAAGUCGAUCGGAGUAUGACCAAACGGAGCUGCGGUUGGGAUUGCCGGGUGGCGGAGGAAACGUGAAGAAUUGCAAUUCGAAGAGAGUUUUUUCCGAAAGUAUUGAUUUAAAGCUCGAACUAAAUACAUUAUCUUCGUCGGGGAAUAAUAACAAUAAUAUUGAUGAGAAUAUUCAUCAAAAAAAUUUGAAAGCUGAGGAAAACAAUGCUAAGCCACCUUCCAAGACACAAGUUGUGGGUUGGCCGCCAGUUAGAUCAUUCAGAAAGAACAUCCUGGCCGUCCAAAAGAACAGCAGCAGCGGCGCCACCACAGAAGCCGACAAGUCGAGCGGCGGUGCUGCGGCGGCGUUCGUCAAAGUCAGCCUAGACGGGGCGCCGUACCUCCGCAAAGUAGACUUGAAAAUGUACACCAGCUACCAACAACUUUCCGAUGCCCUAGGCAAAAUGUUCAGCUCCUUCACAAUAGGCAAUUGUGGAAGUGAAGGGAUAAAGGAUUUGAUGAAUGAGAGCAAAUUGAUAGACUUGUUGAAUGGAUCUGAUUAUGUACCAACUUAUGAAGAUAAAGAUGGUGAUUGGAUGCUUGUUGGUGAUGUUCCAUGGGAGAUGUUCGUCGAUUCAUGCAAACGUAUACGGAUAAUGAAGGGCUCCGAGGCUAUUGGACUAGCACCAAGAGCAGUUGAAAAGUGCAAGAACAGAGGCUGAAAAGAUUUUUAGUACAAACUGCCUAAGUUUCACUAAGUUAAAUUUGAGUAUUUGUAUGUAAUGUUUAUCUAUGUAAGUUGAUGAUUGUAUAAAUAGUGGGUAAUUUAAUUUCGAGCAAAUAUAUUUGCUUAUAAUAAGGUUGUCAUUUUGAACCAUGACAGCCUUGUCACUAUAGUCAAUAAUGUCUUAUCUUUCUUUUUGAUAUUUCCCUUUCAAAUAUCAUUUUCCUUUGUAAACAUGCAAUUACUUGCAUUUAUUUU